AUGUCACGUUCACGUGUACCCGUCGCGAGGAUUGCGCAAAGUACGCGAGUCGCGGCCGCGACGUGCAAUCGGCUUCUCUCGAUUCCUACGUCCGGGGGUUACACUUUUAUUUUAUUGUUAAAUUGGAUGAAGUUCCUCGCUAUCCAGGAACCUUUAGUCUCCGCCAGCAUUACUGAGCCCAUGUUCUGCCGGACUAUCGCAUACACUCUUCCCGUCCUGAUCGAUAUGUGGAUCUACUUUAAUGACGGACUCACGGUCCAGUCCUACCAACGCCGCCUUCUCGAAGCGUUGGCGUACCACGUUCCCAAACUGAUUCUGCAGAUGUCAAAGGAUUUCAACCAAACUUACAUGGCUUUCAAUAUCACUGAUCUAGUCCCCCUCUAA